AUGUUACCGCCAGAAUUAGGAUCUCUUGUUCUUCUCUCACAUAUGGAUCUAAGUAGAAAUCAAUUUUCAGGAAGUAUUCCACCUCAGAUUGGACAUUGUCACUCUUUAUCAUCGUUACUCCUAUCAGACAACUUAUUGACAGGACAGAUACCACAAGAAUUUGGGUAUCAUGCCAACCUAAAUGAGCUUGAUUUGAGUAAAAACCAUUUAAGCAGUGCCAUCCCAGCGACUUUUUCUGUUUCUUACCAACUAUGGAAGCUGAAUUUAUCAUAUAAUAAUUUGGAUGGCAGAGUUCCAUUUAUCGCUGCCACCUUGAUCUUACUUGACCAUAAUACGGGCUUAUGUGGUGAUUUGUAUGGCUUAACUCCAUGUGAAACACCGAAGCUCGACAUGGAACACCAAAAAAGGAAAAAUCCAAGUAUGGUACUUCUUGCUCUUUUUGCACCCUUUUCAUUUGCUUGCCUCUCAACUGUAAGCAUCACGAUCGUCUGUCGGAGAAGAAAGGAUGUAAAAAGUACAAGCAAAUGCAAGUCUGGAGAUAUACUUUCCAUAUGGAAUUUUGAUGGAAAGAUUGCAUUCGAAGACAUCACCAACGCAACAGAAAAUUUUGAUGAGAAAUAUUGCAUUGGUGUUGGAGGAUACGGAUCUGUCUUCAGAGUUCAUCUUGAAGACGGGAUUAUCUUUGCCGUCAAGCUCCUUCAGUCAAUGGAAGAAUACAACGACGAGAGAACAUUUCAUGCCGUGAUUGAAGUGUUGACAAAAAUCAGGCACCGAUGCAUCGUCAAGCUAUAUGGCUUCUGUUCCCACUCCCAGUACAAAUUCCUCGUGUAUGAGCUUAUCGAGAGGGGAAGCUUAUCAUCCACUAUGCACGAGCAAGAGCUAGCGAAGGAGCUGGAUUGGCCCAAGAGAGUUUCUGUUGUGGUGGACGUAGCUCAAGCUCUCUCCUACUUGCACCAUGAUUGCGGCGAUCCAAUCGUGCACUGCGACAUAAAAAGCAGCAACAUUCUUCUGGACCUCGAUUAUAAGGCUUAUGUUUCAGACUUUGGCAUGGCGAGGAAACUGAAGCAUGGUUAUUCAAGCUGGAGCACUAUUUUUGCAGGCACAUGUGGCUACAUAGCCCCUGAGCUGUCAUCUACCAUGGUGUUGACUGAGAAGUGCGACGUGUACAGCUUCGGCGUGGUUGCGCUGGAAGUUUUGAUGGGAAAGCACCCAGGUGAUCUGCUCCUUCCAUUCUUUUGCCGAACAAAGCAGCUGGGGAAGUUCAAUGAUGUUCUGGAUCGACGUGUCGCAGCACCGUCAACUAUUGACGAGGAGAAGGAUGUCAUUUUGGUUACCUUGGUGGCCUUUGCUUGCCUGCAAGUCAAUCCCAAAGCCCGGCCAACAAUGCAGCAGGUAUAUCAGGCACUGACAAAUAGAAAUCACCCAGCGUUCAUUCCCAGGCCCCUUCAUGAAAUCAGGCUACAAGAUGCGUUGCAUGAUUAUUGUGGCACCAUAAAGAAUAUAUGA